AUGAAGAAAUUCGGGCGAGACGUCUCUAAGGAGAGCUGCCGCCGCCGCUGCCGCCGCCGCCGCCGCCGCUGCCGCUGCUGCCACAGCCACCGCCGCAGCCGGAGCAUCCGGGAGCCGCCGCUGCCGCCGCUACCGCCGCUACCGCCACUAGCGCUGCUUCCACCGCUGCUGUCUCCCCUCCCAGGACCAGGAGACACCCCGGGCGCGAGCGGCGGCGCUGCUGGCUUGCCCCGCUCCCCGCCAGCCCUUCCCCUCCUGACCUGCCCGCUCCUUGGCGCCCUCGCCCGCACCUUCUCCGACACCCCGGCAUCCCUGCAUCACCUGCUCGGGCAGCCCCGGCGGGCGCUGGGACUUGCCGUGAGCGCCGAGAGGAAGGCAAGCCCUGAACCCCCGCCUGGCAGACGGGCUGUCACGGCUGCACCAGCGGGAGGAGGCGGAGGAGAAGAAACUAUUUCGCCCACCGAUACCCCGUUCUGCGGGCGCUUCGCCGCUGCCGCUUCUGCUGCCGCCGAUCCCUGUCCGCGGGUUCGAACACCGCAGCGUCGGGGACGGUGGGUCCGGCGGGCGCCGGGAGGAGGACACCAGCGGAGCCCUGCACUCUCGCGCCCCGCUCGCCAGCAUCUCCUUGCCCCGUCGCUCCUUCCCCAGCCCUUUAGAGAGGGGACCAUGAUUUGGAAACGCAGCGCCGUUCUCCGCUUCUACAGUGUCUGCGGGCUCCUGCUACAAGGUAAGCACAUUAAUCACUCCAGUAUAAUCAGACUGCAUCAAGGUAAAACAAGACAAAGUGGUGAAGUUAUAUCUUAUAGCAAUGCUUGAUAUAUAAAUAUAUAUGUGGUUUUGAAAAAAAAGUUUAGAACCAAUGUUCCUUUAAAAAAAUUUUUCAGCUCUCAUUACAUUCACAGGGCACAUGUACAGGUUUGUUGGAUGGAUGCAUUGCAUGAUGCUGAAGUUUGGGGUAUAUUGAUAGGAAGUUUUGCAACCCUUUCCACCCUUCCUCUCUCACCACUCUAGUAGUACCCCACUGUCUAUUGUUCCCAUGUUUACGUCCACUUGUACCCAAUAUUUAGCUUCCAAGCUCCCACAUGUAAGUGAGAAGGGGCUAUAUUACUUUUCUAUUCCUGCAUUACUUUGCUUAGGAUAAUGGUCUCCAGCUGCAUGUUGCUGCAAAGGACAUGAUUUCAUUGUUUUUUAGGGCUAAACAGUAUUCCAUGGUGUAUGUGAACCACAUUUUCUUUAUCCAACAGACUGUUGAUUUCACAUCUUUGUUACUGUGAGUAAUGUUGCAAUGACCAAAGUUCAUUUUUGGGUUUGUUUUGUUAUGAUGUCAAUAAACUAAAAAUCUGAAUCAUAAGGAAUUUAAAAAAUAUUUAUUAACUGCUAAUGUUAUUAGAGGACUUAUUAAUUCUUAAAGUAAGAAAUGCAAAUUGGAAUAAAUUUUAAAUGCAAAACUGUUUCGUUUGCAAAGUGCAAAUGUAUAUUUUGCAUUAAAAAAAUAAGAAAGAAGUGAUUUUCAAAUAAAAAAGAUACAUCAUAUCCAUAUUGAUUUUAAAUAAUAUUUCAUAAAGAUCAUACAACAGAAAAAAAUUGAGGGCUAUUAAUAAAUAUCAUUUAUCAUUCUGAAGAUUAGUUAUAAACAUAUGAGGAAUAAACUCUGAGAAAAAUGCAUUAAUCAUUUCCCUAGGAAAAAUAUGGAUUGUCCGUAAAAUUUAUAGUAUUGCUUUUUCUAUACUAAAUCAAAUUCUAUUUUAACAUGCUAUUUUUGCAUACAGAACUUAGAGAAGAGGCCAAGUUUAAUCAUAGUUAUGGGGAAACACACAUUCCAAUGCUUUCUAGAAAUGUGUAAUAUUUAAAUUAAUAUAUUUUUGGAAAUAUUUGUUCUUCUUCCAAAAUAGAAGAUUGCUUAUAAUUCUUUUAAAUUUAGCUUGCUUCUGUGAUGCUUCAGUUGGAGGCCAGGAGAAUUCAAGUUUGUAGAAGCAUAUUCUGUGCAGUAUAGGCAGGCAUUUUUAGAGACGCAAAACCAAAACUCCUUUUAGAACAGCGUCCUCAAAUUGAUAGCCGAGGAACCUACGUGGCUUUAGAAUUUUGUACUCUUGGGCCAUGCAGUGCGGAAAGAGAAGGCAAAGACUCAUUUAUCUCAAAAGAGGACAAAGUACUGUUUAAUUAAACAAGACCCAUCGUCAUUCAUUUACAAUGGUUUGAAGGUAAAUAAUGCUCUAAUUGAUACAGCAAGGCUGUCCCCUUUUCUCCAUAUCAACACUUGAACCCUAUCUUUAUAAUUAGAGAAGCUAAUUGUCCUUUUAUUUUUUAAUAAUUGUACUGAAAGAUAUAAUUCAUUUUUCUGAAUGUGAUAAUUUAAUACUGAUUUUAAAUAAACUAUAUGAUACCAAUAUGAAUAUGAUACAGCUAAGCCUUUAUAGCAGUGGAUUGAGAAGAGGGAUAAGUCUUGUUUGGCUAUGGUUCUACCACGCUUAGCUUUCUUUUAAUGCAAGUCAUGGGCGCUCUCAAAGGAAGUGCUUCUUGUUUUAACUAGAAACUAAUAUUUAAUGAAUUAAUGAAUUAAAUGGAGGCCACUUUCUAUUAACAUAAAUAAAUUUCUGCAAUGUAAGUAGAAGUAUUCUAAAUGUAUUGUACUUUUGUGUUUCUCUGGAAAGAUUUAGUAAUAUCUAUAUGGGUCAGUUUUAUAAAUAUAUUUGAAUGAAUUUAACUCUAAAAAUCAUAUUCCUUCAUAUCAAAGUGUAUCUGUUAUCUGGGUCCAGUGGCUCAAAUCUGUAAUCACUGUACUUUGGGAGACUGAGGUGGGAGGACUGCUUGAGGCCAGCAGUUCAAGACCAUCCUGAGAAACAUGGCAAGACCUUGUAUCUACAAAAAAAAAUCAAAAUAUUAAUCCAGCAUGGUGGUGCAGGCCUAUAGGCCCAGCUAUUUGAGAGGCUGAGGCAGGAGAAUGGCUUGAGCCUGGGAGGUCGAGGCUGCAACGAGUUAUGUUUUUGCCUCCACAUUCUAGCCUGGGUAAGACUCUAUGUCCAGAGUGAGUCCUGAACUGAAAAAAACAAAAACAAAAAACAGAACAACAACAAAAAAUUAAAAUGCAUCUGUUAAGAAAAAUCGUUUAUAUUUUUUGUCAAUAUGACCACUGUUUAUAAUAAAUAUAGAUACAUUUAAAGAAAUAAGCAUUUCGCUGGGCGCGGUGGCUCACACCUGUAAUCCCAGCACUUUGGGAGGGCUAGGCGGGAGGAUCACGAGGUCAAGAUAUCGAGACCACCCUGGCCAACAUGGUGAAACCCCGUCUCUACUAAACACACACACACACACACACACACACACACACAUUAGCUGGGCAUGGGGGUGUGCACCUGUAGUUCCCCCCCCACACACACACACACACAUUAGCUGGGCAUGGGGGUGUGCACCUGUAGUCCCACACACACACACACACACAUACACAAAUUAGCUGGGCAUGGGGGUGUGCACCUGUAGUCACACACACACACACACACACACACACACACACAUUAGCUGGGCAUGGGGGUGUGCACCUGUAGUCCCAGCUACCCGGGAGGCUGAGGCAGGAGAUUUGCUUGAACCCGGAAGGCAGAGGUUGCAGAGCCGAGAUCUCGUCAUUGCACUCCAGCCUGGUGCCUGUCAAGGGAGCAAAACUCUGUCUCAAAAAAAAAGAAAGAAAGAAACAUUCAAAAACUACUCUAUGACUUUAAAUAUUUUGAACUUGUAUUUCAUAUUUUUUAAAAAGAUGACAUUCAAGUAAAGAAUCACUUACGUUUUUUAUUUAAUAAGUCAUAAACAGAAAAUUUUUGGUUCUAAACUUUGGUUGAUCAAUGUUAUUUAAAAAACGUAUUGACACAGUUGUAUUAAAACUGCAGACUUAGAAACAUACUUUACUUUUAUUUUGAUGAUUAUACAUUAUACCACGUCUCAGGGUCCUUUGUAGUAAAUGAUCCAUGAAACAGCAUGAAAGUGAUAAAUAUAUGUAUAGGCGCUUUUACUCAAACAAAUGAAAACGUAAAACAAAGGAAAUAACAAUCUCAACAGCAAAAUGUUCUUAAUCAUAUUAUACAUCAGCUUAUUUUAUUGGCUUUUGUCAUUUUCCUUUAAAUAAAGAGUAGAGCAAACAUUUUUGGCAUUAACUGUUAGUUGGACUCCAGCUAAUUAAUGCUUUACUGAAUGCAAGCAUUCUAGACUGCAUAAUAUAUGUUCCUUGUCCAUUUGAGGCUAUACUUUGAAUGUAAACACCCAACAAUGACAUUAUGAGUCUAAGAUUGAUAGUUAUUUGAUUUAGCAACAUCUGUUGUUGUUUAAUGUACUCCAAGCAGAUGCUCUUUCUUGAUAUUCAACAUACAGUUUGGUCUACCCUUAUGAUAUAUACCCUUACUAGGAGAAUGCCAUUGUUAUUUGAAUACAGAAAUUGGUAUUAACAGUUGUUUAUGUCUUUGGUCAAACAAAUGUCUAUAGACUGGGUCAGGCAUCAUUAACUUUUAUAAGAAUCGCAAUGGACAAACUCUUUGAGUCACUUACUUCCUACGAUGACAUAGAUUUCUUUCAUGUGUCAGGGCAUCUAGAGUCAUUUUUUUUCAAUUAGUAAUUGUUUCUUUUAAUGUUCUUGGAGGAUUAAUGAAAACACAACAAUAUAAAUUAUCAGAACGAUGUUCUUUUCUGUGUUUGUCAUUGUAUUUUAAACCUGCCACACUACACAAAGAAUUGUAAUGAGAAAAAUACCCAGGGACAGACACUACUGUUUAUUUGAUUCUCUAUUCACGUUUUGUAAUAUGCUGCAAAACAAUAAAAGCCGACAUAAUUGUAACUGA